CGGCCGGCUUGUUCUUAUGAACGUCCUCAAAAUUCUGCGCCGACCAAAUUUCUUUCGUCGAAUUCAGGCAAGAACAAGCAAAGCACGGUGUCUAACCACGAACUCCGACUCAAGCACACAAACUCAAUACAGGACUCUUCUCCUACGCGAUGUCCCAACCCUCAGUGUACUCAACGAGGUGCUUGAUAGGAACCACGUUGGACCAAUAGAGCGCAUCCAAUAUGACUCCAAAGGUCUGCGAGCCUUCUUGUCUUUCUUAGACCAAGAAACCGCCGAAAAAUUCGCCAUCAAGGUUAAGAAGAGCAAACACAACGUGGACCCCAUCUUUUAUACUGGAGUACAACGCCACCCAGGUGUGGAAAUUGUCGCAGCCAUUGGGUUGCGUAAAGCAUCGAGAUGUAUUGCUGUCAAUCUUCCUGAAGGUGUGACAGAAGAGUCGUUCAAACGGGACAUGUCACGGUUCGGGGAGAUACAGAAGGCGGCGGUGAAAACCAAGAAGAAUGACAUCCAGAAGGACAGACGGUUCGGAAUCAUGUAUACGGCUGGGCAAGUACAUUUUUACAGUAUCGAAUCUGCGCUGAGAGCUGUCGACACCAUUCACAAGGAACGAGGAAAAGCGAGAUUUAUAGUUGAGGAAUGCGACUUGCAUCUUUCUAACAUGUAUCGCGAGUUCGGAAGAGCCAAACUGGAACACCGUCAGCUCCCCGAACAGCUUCGUUCAGUGUAUCUCCAUAAAAACGAAGGACUUCGCGGACCAAUACACCGCCAACUCAUGACAUUGAUUCAAAAGGCUUCGUUACCAGCACGCGGGGAAGUGAUUCAAAGAGUAGAGAGGAAGGAUUCAGGAACGGGAUUGCUUAUAGUUUUUAUCCAUCCUGAGGAUGCUCUUCUUUUCUGGAAUACGUGUAACUCAGAAGGCCCAAGAUCAGGGUUCACAAAUGCGACCCUAACAGUCACGACCCCGGAGACGGCAAUAUUCCACGUCGCUCGUGCAGUUGCCAUGGGUGCUACUAGAACUUUGGGUAUCUACAACAUCCACAAUUGGAACAGUCUAUCUGUCAGGGAUAUUCACCGCGACUUUUCGGAGUUUGGACCCGUAUUUGAAGUCAGGCUUUCAAAAACCCAAGAGUGCGCCUUUGUCAAGUUUGCCUACAUCUCAAGCUCUAUGAAGGCUAUUGACCAUGUUUCCUCCCACGAUGGUGUUUUCAAGGAACCUUACGCCGGGACUGCAAUUGGCUUUGCUUCAGAUGCAGUCUUAGGCAAUCCUCCGAUAGCACUAAAACGUCUUCGUAUCCGCUCCGCCAAUGAUUCGCUUGCCUUUUGA